GUCAUUUCACUUCACCAUUGACCUUACAUCAGUUCACAUUGUUUUCACAACAGCAAUUUCCAAAAGUCCAUUUUCAUUACAGUUCAUCAGUGUAAUAAACCAGACAGCAUGAGGCAGCGAACGGUGGUGAUGAAGGUAGAGAUCGGUUGUUUUUUGUCCUGUUUAAGUGGAUGGAUUUUGAUCUGCUCUACCUUGGUCACUGAAUACUGGAUCGUUUCGGAAAGCGCAGAAGUCGUUCUCAGUAACGGUGAUUACUAUUCGAACCUGUGGAUGAACUGUGUCUCCGACUCCACUGGGGUUUCUGAUUGUAAAUAUUUCCCCUCCAUGAUGGACCUUUCUGUUUUCCUCCAUGUGAGCAGGGCUCUGGUCAUAGUCUCUGUGAUUUUGGGCUUCUGGGCGGCUGUGCUUGCUCUCAUAGGAAUGAAGUGUACCAAAAUUGGAGGCUCUGAGCUCGCUAAUGCCAGAGUUACAUUUGCAGCGGGGUUGACGUACAUGGCAUCUGGGUUUUGCGGUAUGACCGUGUACUCCAUGUGGGGACAGAAGGCCCGUGCUGAAUUUUUGGAUCCAUAUUUCUUAGAAUUUAAGUAUGAGCUGGGUGCUGCCCUAUUCAUCGGAUGGGGCGGAUCGUGUCUGAUUAUAUGUGGAAGCGCAGUCAUGUGCUUUUUCUCUGGGAGAGAGUCAUUUCAAAGGUUUAAUGCAAAAGUUAAAAGACCCCCGACCUACAUGACAGCACGUACCAGACAGACAUAUAUGAUGCCGGGCUCUUCAAGACCCACAACGGUCCUCACGCCUCCUUUAUAUCUGCCAAACAGAGAAAAUAGAGGAAGUCAACCGAGUGGAGCCAGGAGAGGAACACAAGAAAGUCAAUUUUUAGGAACGAUCAUAUCUCGACCGCUUCCUAUAGACUCAGCUGUGUGAUCUGAUGUGAAAUGAAAACAAUACGUUAUUACAUUUGGUUUAAUAAUUUGAGUUUCUCCAAUGCUGACCGAUU